UCUCACCUAUUCUCAACAUGCCGAUUUCUGAUGCUAAGAAACAAAGAGUCUUGGUAGCAUGUUGUGUGAUUUAUUCAGAGGUAUACCAUGCUGUUAGCAUAGACCGAAAGCUUCUUCGCAAAAAGUAUGUUGAGGCUAUCAUACCACCAUUUAUUGCUGUCCUAAGGAGAUGGCGCCCUCUUUUGGCUGGAAUUCAUGAACUUGCGGCUGCUGAUGGUUUGAACCCUCUUACAGUGGAGGAUCAUGAACUAGCUGCUUAUGCUGAGUCAGUUGAGGCUUCUCUUGAUUUGAUAUCUCCAGCCUGGGCUGCAGCUUUUGCAUCUCCACCUGCUGCAUUGGCAUUAUCUAUGAUUGCAGCUGGUACUUCGGAUAGCGAAAAUCACGCUCCUUCAACAAAUCCCCAGCUUAGGCGUGAAACCUCAUUACUGGAAAGGAAACAAGCUAGGCUUCAAACAUUUUCAAGCUUUCAAAAACCUUCAACGAUUCCUAACAAAACACCACCCAUACCAAAGAACAAAGCAGCAGCAAAAGAUGCUGCUUUGGCCGCUGCUCGUGAUGUCCAACGUUUUUCAAGAAUUGGUUCUGGAAGAGGUCUGAGUGCCGUUGCAAUGGCUACAUCUACACAGCGAAGGACUGCUGGUGAUAUGGAGCGGGUUCAGAGGUGGAAUAUUACUGAAGCAAUGGGAGUUGCUUGGAUGGAAUGUCUGCAGCCAGUUGAUACAAAGUCGAUAUACGAGAAAGAUUUCAAUGCUCUGUCGUAUAAAUUUAUAGCUGUUCUUGUUGCCAGUUUUGCCCUAGCAAGGAAUAUGCAACGAUCUGAGAUGGACAGGCAUGUCCGUGCAUGUAUAAUAUCUCGGCAUCGUAUCAGCAUUGGAAUUCAUGCAUGGCGCAAACUUAUUCGACAAUUAAUCGAGAUGAGAAGCCUUUUUGGGCCUUUUGCAGAUUAUUUGUACAACCCAUAUCGAGUUUUCUGGAAGCUAGAUUUUAUGGAAAGUUCUUCUAGGAUGAGAAGAUGUAUGAGAAGAAACUAUCGAGGAUCUGAUCAUUUAGGUUCUGCCGCCAAUUAUGAGGAUUAUUCAAGGGAGAAUAAUGAUCCGAGCACUCGAGUUUUAUCUGCGGAAGCAAUUACAGUAGAAGGUAUAAAUGAAGAGGAAGAACAUAUAGAAACUGAAAAUUUGGAUCUUACAGUUGAUGAUAUAGGAGAUGAAAUAGAGAAUCAGCCGAAAUUUUCGAAAGGAGCUGAGAAAACUCUACAAAAGUCUUCAGAUUCCAAUGGAAUUCAACCUGAAAGUGACGAGGGUAUUGUUCAGAGUUCUUCAGCCUUUGCACCUGGUUAUGUUCCAAGUGAGCUUGAUGAAAGAAUUGUUAUUGAGUUACCCUCAACAAUGGUCCAGCCACUUCGGGUUGUACAGGGAACCUUCCAAGUUACCAGUAGGAGAAUCAAUUUUAUAGUUGACAAUAAUGAGAUGAGCACUAUGAUGGAUGGUUUGAAAUUUGGUUAUGAGACACGAGACCAAGAAAAGAAUCACAGCUGGUUAAUAUCUACUCUUCAUCAAAUUUAUAGUCGAAG